AUUUGUUUCUUCUUCUAUGCUCUGCUUUUCAUUCACACACGCCAAUAAAACUGACACUGUUACGUGAAAGUAGCUCAAGCUUCUCAACUUUUCUAGUUCUUUAUAAUUGUUUAUUAUCAUUUUUAACGUUGGUUUUGCUUUUGAUCUAGAGUUUUGAGUUUGCUCUUGUGAAAGAUUCCUCUCUUUUUGUUUAAUUUAAUUUCCCAUAAUAUCUUUGAUCUCAAUUCUCUACUCCAAGAGAAUCCCAUCAACUUCAGAACCAAAGAAGGCUCAAAGCUCGCAUGCCACACAGGAGAAAAUGAACGAGUCAAGUUCAUGGAGCAUCUACAGUCCCAAAGAUGGAGAGAGUGAAGGGCCAUGGAGAUCGUCCACGUCAAUGAAUGCGAUCUCUUUCGGGUUCGUAGCUACGGCGAUACUUAUCUCCAUGUUCUUGUUAAUGGCCAUCUUCGAGCAUCUAUUCAGACCUGAGAAUUCUACAUAUGAGUCACCACAUAGGAUCAGACAACGACAGAACCAGAGCAUAGAUGGGUCCACUCAAUUCCAGAAACUUGCUAAUCAAGCAUCCAUGGUUCCGUUGAGUAUGUCGGUGGAUGUAUCGGUGGUGAUGCCGGGAGAGAAGAUGCCGUCGCACAUAGCUUUGCCGGCUCCUUUACCUUGUGGAAGAGAAGGCAUUCGUUGGCCUCUCCACCUCUAAAUUAUUAAUACCAUCUUGUGUUUAUUUCUAACUCAUGAUCAGUAGAUUAGUGUGACCUGCUGGUAAUAUAUUAUAGUUAAAAGCCACGAGUUUUAUUUUCUUCAUGCGUAGAUAGAUUCGACAUGUGAUAAUAAUUCAAUGUACAUUUGAGUUUGCUAAUAUUUUGUCUGUGCUAUUCUUUUUGUUAGCUUCACUAUAUCGCUAAAUAAUUUAAUUAAGUUUGGGAUAAAUCAUUUCUCAACCAAAAUUAAAAGGACAAUCCUCUCAAAUAAUUUUUUUUUAAUUAUUAUCACAAAAAUAUAUCUUAAAAACUAAAAUAAUUAAAAUAACAUUUUUUUUUUUGAAAAUUUUAAGUUUUAUUUUAUUUUUA